AUGGCAGCCCCGGAACCACCUCUACACCUUAUUAUCAUCGGCGGUGGCCUCUGCGGUCUUUCUGCUGCUAUUGCUACCCGCCUUGCCGGUAAUCGUGUCACAGUGCUAGAAUCCGUACCAGAGUUUCGCGAAGUCCUCAAGCUGCCCCUCCAGAAUAUUUCAGAAAUGCGCAGGUUUAAUGGCGAAUGGCUUGAUGAACGUACGCAGUAUGCAGAGGAGAUAGAGGGUCGUCACGGAUCACCCCUGUGGUAUCAGCACCGUGCAGACUUACAAGUGGCCAUGGCAGAGAAAGCAAUGGAGCUGGGCGUCGUGAUUAAGCUUGGAUGCAAAGUCAGUGGUGUGAAUUACGGUGAGCAACGGCCUCAAACUGAAGAGAUUAGCGUGAGCAUAGAGGGAGGAGAGAUGAGGGGGAUAUCGUGCUUGCUGCCGAUGGCAUCUGAUCAGAUACUCGGCUAA